UCGCAAUUUUUUGUGGAGAGCAGCUAGCUGCUUACGAAACGACCGCCGUCGUACUAUCCUCCUUCCUUGUCAACGCUGGUUUGGCCAGGUUUCUGCAAGUCAAAGCUAUGCAUCCAGCAGCAAGCUUCCGUAAGAGUCCACGGUACGGCGUGUGGUGUUCCUUUCUCUCUACCUCCAAACUCCUCCCUCGCCUCAACUCGCACCUCGUCUUCCAGCUUUCGACCUCCGCUCGUCACACCAGAUCUUGUUAUCUGCUUUCCGUGCAACCUGUUCUCGCGUUCGUGGAACUUACGUCUAUCUCGCACCCUUGUUCCGCAAGCCUUUCCUCCGACCAUCAUGGCGCUGAAUCUGCCGCCGGACCUCUACCUUCGCUGCACGCUGCUGCUCGCCUUGCUUCUCUCGGCCACCAUCGUCCACGCCCGUACUAACGGGCUGGUAACCGCACGUGGCCUGUCACCAGUACCGCAAACUGCGGCCUCGUUUGUCACGGACCGGCGUCCGUCGUCCGUGGCUCGUCGCCUGCGUGAGCCAGCCGCCUUAGUAGCAACGCCGCCGCCGGAGGGGUCGGGCGUCAAGCUCGCACCCUCGCAAUGUGAGUUCGUACCCCGGUAUAAGUGCCCUGCUGUUUAUUGCGGGAAUUGGGUCUUGUAAAUUGGUUGCGUGCAUGGAAUUUCCUCCCUUUAUCCCUCAUUCUUGCCAUCUUCCGUUUCCCCCACACCCCCCACCACCCGCCAGCCCCAAAACGGUCCAUCCCCCCUUCGACCCUCCACCGCACCCUCACUCUUUCUCUCUUCUUUCGCCUUCCUCACUGAAUGCACCAAAGGCCAACCGUCCUCUCCUGUCGAAUCCUACCCUCGUCCGUUUCUUCCCUCCCCCCUCCCCUCCAAGGUUCAAAAUUACGGUUUUCGAAUAAUAAGGUCCGUAAAUUACGACCGUUUUUUUCGGGCAGUUCGGGAAAAAAACGGUGUAAUUUAAAUAGAGCACAUGGUUUUUUUUUUCCGAAGGGGAAUGGGUCCUAUGCGGUUUCAACGUCAACUGAAUGGUUAGUAAUGCUCCAUGAUUUCCUUGACAUCGCUGACUUAAAACACCUCCGACCUGUUUCCGGCGUAUUUAGACAGCGUCGCAGACAUGGGCAGGGCGGUGUCCCGCAUGUGGGAACACGUCCGCCGAGUUAGGGGCGAGGACGGCAAGGUCCUCCGAAUCGAAUGCCUCCAUUGCGAAUCGGCGCUUAGUAACAGUGCAACCAGGAUAGGCGAGCACCUAUACGGAACGCCCGCGACGAAAUUCAAGAACGUGGCUGAAUGCCAGUCGGAAUUCGCAGGAAUCUUCGCGCCACGGCCAAGGCGGAGCGCAGCUCUACCUGCUCCACAGCGGCGCCUGGCUCCGCAUCAAAGAUUGGGGGGGAACGGCAAAGCCGGCCUCGACAGCGCGACAUUCGCGACCUCGUUGACCCUAAGGCGCGCGACCACCUAGACUACCUAUGGGCAUGCGCGGUGGCAGAGAACGAUUGGUCGUUCUGGUCUUCAAGGUCCAAGGCCGUUCAGGCCUUUGUGGACGCUGCUGUCGCCUAUGGGAAGCCCUAUGACCUUCCCUCCGCAUACAAGGUCGGCGGCCCCUUGCUGAAGAGGCUGAAGGCCGACUCUGACGCGCUAGUCCAGCCCCUCAAGGAUACCUGGAAGACCGUGGGGUGCACCCUGUCGGUUGAUGGGUGGUCGGAUCUGAGGAGUAGGAGCCUCGUGUGUCUUAUUGCCCAGAACGACACGGCCCCUGUUCUGGUCGAGGUGGUGGACUCAAAAACCGCCAAGAAAACCGGAGUUUUCUUGGCGGGUUUGAUUAGAUCCGCCAUCUGCAAGAUCGGUGAUAGCUCGGUUGUCCAGGUUGUCAUGGACAACGCGAGCAAUAACCGAAGGGCGGCGCUGGAGUUGGCGGAUGGUUUUCCCCGGGUUUUCUUCACGAACUGCGCAGCCCACUGUCUGGAUCUUAUGCUCCAGGACUUGGGCGCGCUAGACAUCAUCGAGCAGGUGCUGUUUCAGGCACACCGCUGCGUGAUGCUCGUGAAGAACAGCUCGAGCGCUGUAACCCUCUUUCGAAAGGUGUUUAGUGAGCUCGAGCUGGUCCGCCCGGGGACUACCCGUUUCGGCACUCAGGUGAUAAUGAUAACCCGUUUUUUGGAGGUCAAGUCAGCCAUGAUGCGGAUGGUGAUCUCUGAGGAGUGGAAGGGGGUGGCCGUUUCCAAGACAAAGGAGGGGAAAAAUAUCAAGAAGCUACUGCUGGAGGACACCUUUUGGGAGGGGGUGGCGGCGGUCCUUGCCCUCAUGAAGCCGGUGUAUGAGGUGCUGAGGGCUGUCGACCGUAGAUCUCUGCUUAUGGGCAGGAUCUACGGCCUCAUGCUCGACGCGACGGUCAAGACAAACGCGGCUGCGGUUGCAGCGGAGACCUUUUUUCAAGUUUUGCUACGUUCAGUUUAAUGGGCGGCCUCCCUCGGCUCCGGCCAUCGGCGCUUUCACGGCCCUCCAAUUCUUAGAUCUUGAGAACAGCAACCUGCAUGGCUCCAUCCCUAAGGACGCGUUGAAGAACCUCACCUCCCUGCGAGAACUCAACCUGUCUCACAACCGUCUCAACGGCACUGUGGAGUUUCUUGGCUUCCUGCCCUCCUUGGAAUAUGUUGAUGUGAGCAACACUCAACUCAGUGGCGAGAUCCCUGCUUCCAUUGGCAGUGCCACCAACCUGUCACGCCUUGACGUGAGCAGCACCGGGUUGAGUGGCCAGAUUCCUGCUCCCCUUGGCAAUGCCAGCGGCCUUGUGCACCUUAACCUUGGUCUCAACAAUCUGAGUGGAAGCCUUCCGUCCAGUUUCAGUCGCCUCACUUCACUCUCCCACCUCUCUCUUGCGCAUCUCAACCUGGUUGGGCCAAUGGACGACCUCUCAUGUCUCUCCUCGCUCUCUGAACUCGAGCACCUCGACCUGGGCUUCCUGAGCUACACCAGCCAGCCAUCGUGGAUCGAGACGCUGUCCAGCCUCCAUCACUUGGAUGUGACUGCACCCUCCGGAUUCAACCGCUCUUCACCGUUCCCCUCGAAAUUAUUGACGUUCAAACGGCUGGAGGCACUGCUUGCAAGUGGCAAUGGUUUUUCAGGCUCUCUUCCCAGCGCCAUCUCUGCCCUCACCAACCUCAGCGCCUUGGAUCUCUCCUACAACCAACUCAGUGGUCCCAUGCCUGCUGCUGUGCCCAAAUCGGUCAACAAUCUCAACGUGUCCCACAACGUGGAGUCGUCCUUUCUGGCAUCUUCAGCCUCUCCUUGCUCCAAACCUUAUCAUUGGCCUACAACCAGUUCCAGGGAACUCUUCCCACACGUCUCAUGUCCUCUAAAAUCCUUCACCUUGACGUCAGCAGCAACCAGCUCACCGGCUCCCUGCCUGCCUCCAUUGCUCGUCUGCCCUCUCUGCAGCUCCUGAACAUCUCUGGCUCGGGGCUGACCUGCCCUGCAGACGGCAGCAAGUGUGUGGUGCAGCAGAGCAAUGCCACCAGCUUCUGCCGCCUCUGCUUCUCCUUCUGCUCCUCCUGCACGCCCGUCAAGUUGUCUGCUCCCACUGUAGCACCAGCAUCACCAGUCCCUCAGGCACCAUCUGCCCCCUCCCAGACUCCUGCCUCCUCUCCUCCCAAGCCUGCGUCUGGCCUUUCCAUGCCCUCUGCUGCUGCCGUCAGCCUCUCUGCUGCUGCUGCUGCUGUUGUUGCUGCUCUCGCUCUUCUUGCCUUCGGCAUGUGAAGAGCAUUACGCGCAUUUCCGCUUUUGGGGAAGUUCGGUGAAGAUGGUUGUGGGUUGAAGGGUUUAGGCGCACGUGUGCUUGGCAGAUUCGCAUUUGUAGGAAAUGGAGUGUGUUGUGACACGUUGGUGUUCUAUUUUCGAUGUGAGAAAGAAUGGUUGCUGAAACAAGGACAAGGACAGAGUUUGUAUAUACCGUAAUCCCCCGUAUAUAACACCCGCCGAAAUAGUCACUCCGCGGGUGGUUUAUGCGGGGGAGAGCUUAUGAUAGGGUGAAUUUAGGAGAGCACCUGCUUUUCGGGGGUUGCAUUUUACAUACCCUCCUCGUUUUAUG